AUGGCCAAACUCAGCCUACUACUACUACUGCUGCAACAUGUACUUCUCACCUUUGUCACCACUUCUCUCUCUUGUCCUGAACAUCAAAAACAAGCCCUUCUCCACUUUAAAGCCUCCAUCAUCAAUGCUACUUCUUUAACAAAAAGUACUCUGUAUCGGUUAGAUUCAUGGAAUUCCAGCUCAGAUUGUUGGCACUGGGAUGGGGUCAUUUGUAGUUCCCGCUUUGGUUCCAUGACUGUGCUAGCUCUAUAUUUGGAUGAUAUCAUCGCGUCGAAUUCACAGGAGCCAGUGUUGCCUUCCACCAUCUUGACACCACUCUUUCACAUUAGAAGCUUGAUGCACCUUGACUUGUCCAACAAUUCAAUACAAGGAGAAUUGCCACGUGAUGGCUUUGGCAAUUUGACCAAAUUAGUUCAUCUUGAUUUGGGUCUUAACCUCUUCAAUGGCUCCUUUCCCUCUCAACUUUUUCACUUGAGGUAUCUUCAAUAUCUUGAUUUGAGUUUCAAUUCAUUCCAUGAUACUCUAAGUGGAGAAGUAGCAUCUCUUCAAAAUUUGAGGGUAUUGAACCUGAAUUAUGGUUUUUAUUGGGAAAAUAACCUUAGGGAGAUUCCUAAGGAGAUAUGGAAUAUGACAAAGUUACAUCAAUUGUCUCUUGCUGAAAACAAUUUCUUUGGUAAAAUUCCAUCUUCAAUUCUAAAUUUGAAGGAAUUGAAAAUAUUGGACUUGCGCUACAAUUCAUUGUCAAUGGAAAUUCCUAUUGAUAUUGGCAAUUUAUCUAACAUAACAAGUUUGGUCUUGAGCAACAACAAGUUGAUAGGUAGAAUCCCAUCAUCCAUACCGAAAUUAACAAAGUUGGAAACACUUCAAUUGGACAAUAACAUGCUUGUUGGAGAAAUUCCAUCCGGGUUGUCCAAUAUCAAGGGCUUGAAGAUUCUUGUGCUUGGAGACAAUCAUCUCACUUGGAAUAACAAUGCAAAGGUAGUGCCAAGGUUUAUGCUAUCUGAGUUGUCUAUGAUGUCUUGUGGUCUCGUAGGAGAAAUUCCAAACUGGAUUUCUACACAGAAGACUUAA